GGCGCAGGUGGUAAGGGAAAGGACUCGGGAGCACUGCUGACGUACGCACCGCAAACAAGCCAAGGACCCAGUGGCGCACCGGUGUUGGUUACCAACAAGGGGACGAGACUGAGAAUCAAACCACCUGCUCCUCCUGCUACUGCACCAAUCGAAGAGCCCUCUGGGCGUCAGCAGCGGACCCGUGGGCACGAUAGGCAAGGAGAGAUGGUUGAACAUGAGCGCGAGUCGUCCCUCUCCCCUGUCCAGUCACCUAUUGGGGUUAGUGGACUGGAAGGCGGAUACCAAGGUAAUGGAAGCACGGUGUCUGCCUUGCGAGCACACACACCUCCCCCCGGUUCGGCAUCCACGUCGCGGCCAUCGGAUUCUAUUCCGACGCCGACCUCGACUUCAGCAUCGCGCUCGUUCGAUCCUAUCUCUACACCGUCUUCGUCACGUCCUCUCGACAUGUCCUCUCGCUCAGAGACUAUGUCUAGCUCCCGUCCGUCUGACCUACAGCGACAUGCGAAACCUAAGCGGUUAAAAGCUCACACAGUGACGUCCAAGUCAUUUUCGAUACCAACAGUACCGCGAGAUAAAAGCGGGCGGCCUUUACUGCCGCUCAACGUAGGGAUUAUGACUGUGUUGAACCUAGGAGACGUGUGUAUGCGUGAGCACUUUCAUACCGAGAGGUACAUCUUUCCUGUGGGGUAUGAAGUGACGAGGAGGUAUUUGUCGACGGUGGAUCCGACCCAGGAAGUGGUUUACCAGUGUAGCAUCCUUGAUGGCGGGGAUGGACCCAAAUUCCAAUUGGUACCCUCUGAUGCGCCGGAGAGGCCAGUAAUCGCAGGUACAGCUACGGGAGCAUGGUCGAGUAUCGUGAAGCAGGCGAACGCGAUCAGGAACAGGCAGCAUAGUAAUAGCGUGUCUGGCCCAGACUUUUUCGGAUUAGGACAAAAUACGAUCAAGCAUCUAAUUCAGGAGCUCCCUGGUGCAGAUCGUUUGAGAGACUAUGUAUGGCAGAAUUUUGUGGAGGGAGGACCUCUAGGUGGUAGGCACGCAGCCGUCAUACCUGCACUACCUGAAGAUUACGACGCUGCUACCAAUGGUGGGUCGACGCCUGGACCACCGGCCUCUGCAGCACAUGGAUAUAUUGACUCGCAUAACUACUCCGACGCACAUCCGCCAUACCCCGACGGACAAUUUUCGCAGCAAUCGCAUUACGCCGAUGCGCAGGUACACCCAAAUUAUGCAGAUGCGCAUGUAGAGGAUAGGCUCACUCCACCAUAUCACCUUCUACCGCCGCAAGCACAUCCUCACGGACAAGCACAGACUAUAGUGCUUCCCCCUCCUACAGCUGAAACUUUGAAUAUACACGAAUAUCACCACCCUCCUGCAUCCACGAAGGAGAGGGCGCAUGGUCAUGGGUAUGGCAAAGGAAAGGAGGACGCUCAUAUUCAUGGACAUGGGCACGAUACACGAUCGAGGCGCGCAUACACGCCUCAACCUCAGCACCACCAUCAAGCACAGCAUUCUCACCCACAGCCGCAGCACCCUUAUCAAACUCCUUCGCAACAGUCGCAACAGCACUCCCCAUAUCUAUCGAACACUGAACCUGUACCCGUACCUGCUACAUUUGCUAGUAUUAUGAAUGCGUAUCCUGCGCCUGGGCCUCCCUCCGGCCCUGGUUCUUCACCUGUCAUUCACACUUCUGCUCCUUCGCGAGGAAGGCAGACCGGGAGUGAAGACUCGAGAGAAGAGGUUGAGAGCGUGGUAGAGUAAAUGGGCUAGAACGUUUUCUUGAAGCUUCAGGCUUGAAAAUACUUGUACACUGAAUCACUCCGUCUCUGCUAUAUCUUGUUGUCGUCGGAAUUGUUUUGCUUUUACGCCUCUGGCUUAUAUUUUCUGUUCUUUUGGUUAUUAUGACGGUUCCAUCUCAUUUCUCGUCUAUCAUAUGUUGGCCUUGGCUCCAUCUUUUUAUGCGGUUGUUCCUUCCGGCCCUUUUGAUUUGUCCUUGGUUCCUAGCUUUUGGUCUCGAUAUUUCCACUCCCAGUGCUUAAUACUUUGUGUUGCAUCACCUUGUGACGUUAAGGACAUCCUAAGCUGAGUCAUUGAUUCCCACACUUCAUGUUCACUAUACUAUGCCUUGCAGCACACCUCGUCUCUACUAUUAACCCUCGUCUGCCCCCUUCAGAGUUGCGCCCACGCUAGUCUGGAAUGUUUUCAUGAUGUGACGUUGGGUAAAUUCCAACUCAAAGAGGGCAAGGCAGCAAGACAUCCAACUUCCUUGGGAACGACGCAGAAAUGCUACUUUUUGCUGACCCAGGUUCUUGGCUCUGCUUGAUAGUGACAUGCGGGGCGAGAUGAAGAGUGUAGAGUGGAAAAAACCGAUGUCCCAAUAUUCCUUACGCUUGCGCGGAGAAAUCAUUGGAGUCGAAGGCCGGUUUUUUUUACCAAGCUUCUGUGGGGACUCCUACCUUGCAAGGCACGUGCUGGUAUCGGAGUAGUAUAUGAGGCUGACAUUUUCUGGAUGUUGAUUCUGGGUGCUAUUGGGUCUAUAUGCGCAAGAUGUAUUCUACGAAGUCUCCAAUAUACUUCCCUGAUAUACUAGGAAUGUCGUAGUCUCGAACCCAGAAGCUAGGGCUCUGUUCCCACCCGUCUGG